AUGUCUUUUGGAAGCACCGGCUUCGGUGGCUUUGGCCAAAACAAUAACCAACAGUCAUCUGGUUUCGGUGGUUUCGGCGGCAAUACCAACACCAAUACUGGCACAGGCUUCGGCUCUGGCACCACCACGACUGGCGCAUUUGGAUCUACCAACAACACCAACACUGGAGGUGGCCUUUUUGGCAACACCACUGGCGGCUUUGGCGGUGGUACAUCGUCAGGCGGCUUCGGAUCGAACACGAACACGACAUUCGGUGCUGCAAAGCCAGCCUUUGGAGCUUCUACUUCUACCGGAGGCGGCCUUUUCGGUGCCAACAACAACACCACAAACACCACUACGACCUCCGGCUUUGGCGGUUUCGGCGGUGGAAACACGACAACAAACACCUCCUCGCCCUUCGGAGGUUCGGGCGGAAACUUGUUCGGAGCCAAUAAGCCUGCUUUCGGCUCUACCACAAACACCACUACCCCCGCCAGCACGUCACUAUUUGGCGGCAAUACCACCGGCGGCUUCGGUGCCACCACGGGCGCGACUGGUGGUUUUGGCGCGUCCCUGAACCCUGGUAUUGGAGGCAACGUUGGAGAUCCUCCUGGCACUGCCAUCACCCCUUUCCAAGCGCACCAGGAGAAAGAGACAGCCGGAGCUGGAAACCAAUCCAACUCUUUCCAAAACAUCCUCUUCCAGGAACCCUACAAGAAAUGGUCUGCCGAGGAACUGCGUCUGGCUGAUUACGCGCAAGGGCGUCGUCACGGCAAUGCCAGUGGCACCGGCGCUUUUGGGGUUUCCAACUUUGGCAGUACCGGAUUCGGCUCCACGAACCAACAAUCCACGGGCUUCGGUGCGGGCACAUCCACGGGAGGCGGUCUUUUCGGCAGUGGCACCAACAACACUACCAACAACACCACGUCAACUACGACAGGCUUCGGUGGUGGUACAACCGGAGGAUUUGGUUCCGGGGGUGGUCUCUUUGGCAACCAGUCGAAGCCGGCCACUGGCGGCCUAUUUGGUAGCAAUACUACGACCACAUCGCAGCCUGCACAAUCAACCGGACUCUUCGGCGGUACGAGCACCGGCGGUGGCUUCGGCGCUACAAACACGACUGGCGGUUUUGGGUCUACCAACAACACCACUGGUGGAGGUCUCUUCGGGUCCAACAACAACACCGCAACCCAGAACAAGCCUGCCGGCUUCAGCUUUGGAACCACUGGAGGCACAACCGGCGGCUUUGGAAGCACCAACACGACCGGCGGCUUUGGGUCGAAUACUACGACUAACAACACUGGGACCACUGGUGGUAUGUUCGGCAACACAGGCCAGUCCACAGGCACAGGCCUCUUCGGCAACAACCAGGCACAGAACCAACAACAGCAACAGGGAACUGGUUCAGUAUUUGGAGGUGGCGGUGGAUUCGGCGCACAAAACCAGCAACAGUCGGGUUCAUCUCUGUUCGGCAAUCAACAGAAGCCGGCAACCAGUGGUGGCCUCUUCGGCGGUGGUGGAGCUACGAACACAGGGGGACUCUUCGGAGGAGGUGGAGCCACCAACACGAACUCGUUCGGUGCGACAAACACCAACAACGCGUCGGGCGGCCUGUUCGGAGCUAAGCCAGCUGCCACCGGCGGUGGCCUGUUCGGAAACAGCACGGCAGGUCAAGGAACGAACACCGGUGGAGGACUUUUCGGCGGCUUGGGCGGAAACGCACAGCAGCAGCAGACCGGCCAGUCUUCCCUGUUCGGCGCCAACAACCAGAAUAACCAGGCAAAGCCUGGCGGUUUGUUCGGCGGCUCUCAGCCUGCUGGCAACAGUCUUUUCGGGGGACAGAACAACCAACAACAGGGCUCCUUGUUCGGCGGCAACCAACAGCAGCAGCAACAGGGUUCUCUUCUUGGUGGCUCCAUGAUGGGAAACUCUCAGGGAGUCAACUCUGGCCCUCAGUCACUGACCGCCAACAUCACGGACGUCUCAGCAUUCGGCUCCCCGUCCUUGUUCUCUAACCUUGCAGGCGCCGAGACCCCCAACCCGGGACCAUUGGCUACUCCUCUGUCCAGCAAGUCCAAGCCGAGACGCAGCUCUAUUUUGCCAAUGUACAAACUGAAUCCGGCCUCUGCCGCUCGCUUCGUCACCCCGCAGAAGCGCGGGUUCGGUUUCUCGUACAGCACUUACGGUACCCCCGGAGCCAGCCCGUCCAGCGCGGCGAGCACUCCGGGAGGCGCUAGCCGCAGCUUGUUGGGAUCUUCGAGUCUGAACCGGAGUCUCAGUAAGAGUGUGUCAACCAGCAAUUUGAGGAGAAGCUUCAACGCUGAGGAUAGUAUUCUCGCGCCCGGAGCUUUUUCGGCCAGCUCUGGACCUCGUUAUUACGGUAACAACGGUAGCGUUAAAAAACUGGUCAUCAACAAGGACAUGCGCAGCGAUCUCUUCUCCACACCGACCAAGGACAAGCCUUCGACCGAGCAGGUUAAUGGCUCCCGCAAGCUCUCCAAGAGAGUCAGUUUUGACACCAGCAACAUGGAGGCCCCAGAGGUUGACGAAGACGACGCCGCUGCUGUACCGACCCCCAGGGGCGCCAUCGCCCAAGAAUCGACUCCAGUUAGCAACAGCGUCAACGGGACGACCGGGGACUCCGAGCAGAGCAAGGGCAAGGAGCUCGCCAUCGUUCAUGAGGAAGAUGCUUCGUCUCAGACACCCGAAGUCACCCAUGACGGCUUCGACAAGGCUCCUGGCGACUACUGGAUGAGCCCGACAAAGGAGACCAUCUCUGGCAUGAACAGGGUGCAGCGUGCUCAGGUUGCAGACUUCACUGUCGGAAGGGACAAUGUGGGCUCUGUUAAGUUCAGGGUGCCCGUUGAUCUGACCAACAUUGACCUCGACGAAAUCUUUGGAGGCAUCGUCAUUCUCGAGACUCGUUCCGCCACUGUGUAUCCUAUCGCAGCCAGGAAACCCCCUGUCGGCAAGGGCCUAAAUGUUCCGGCUCUGAUCUCCCUUGAGCAAUCGUGGCCGCGUGGCAGAGACAAGCGACCCAGUCACGAUCAGAAGCGCUUCGCCAAGCACAUUGAACGGCUCAAGCGCAUUGAGAACACCACAUUCGUGGACUACAACCCUGACACUGGCGUUUGGAAGUUCUCUGUUGAGCAUUUCACCACGUACGGCCUGGAUUACGACGAGGACGAUGACGAGCUUGAGCAGCCCGGCGAUAUCGCGGCUCAGGAAAACCCCACUCAGAGCUCUUCCCAGCUUGACUCUCAUGAUUCCGAUUCCAGCCCUCGGGAGGAUGACACCUUUGACUUCCGCAAGAACAAGCGACGUGCCCUUCCGGGCGCGUUCGACCAACGGGACGAAGACUUUGGCGAAGCAGAAUUUGACAACGCGCCGCGCCCCUUUCAGCGCCAGUCUUUUUUAGGGGAUAGCUUCGCGGGUUCGACGUCCAAUGCCCUGGUUCUCUCUACAGAAGACGAACCGACGGUUGAUCAGGACGGCGAAUAUGGUAUGUCUGAGGAUGAAGACACGGUGGGCACUCCCCUCAGACACCAUCUUGCCGCGGAGCAAACAAUUGACUCGCCAGAGGGAGACAUGAUUGUCACAGCGAACGAAACCCCCGGAGGCAUUCUCCGAGCAAGAAUGCGAGCACUGAAGGGUUCAGCUACUCCCAUGAAGCUUCAAGUCGCCGGCGGAGACGAAUGGAUGGACAUGCUGCAGCGGUCUGUUAGUCCGCAGAAGAGAGACAGAGCAUUCCUGCGCAGCGUGAAUGAGGCGGCCUUGCGACCUACUACGGAAGAAUUCGAAACCAGUCAAAAGGGUCGUGCUGUGUCUGAUGGACGCGGGUUCGCAACAAGCAUUGAUUUGAUGAAUUCUCUUUUUGAGAAGGCCAAGGUUCCGGUCGCUCCAGCACCCUCGAAGGGAUUUGUUCAGUGGCCCUAUGAACGACAACCCAAGUCUUUUGUUGAUCAAUCCGACAUGAGUGAAGCCGACCGCUCGUACUACAACUCUAUGAGACCCAGCUGGGGACCGGAUGGAACCCUGAUCUUCACGACGACGCGCGCCCCUCUCGCAACCGCCUCAAGGCAUGCCAACGCAGACAGCCUGAUGAUCACGAAGAACGUUAUUCAAGCGCCAGGUCGCACAAUCCAAGCGGCGAAGUUCUCCGACGAGGCAAGUUACCAUCGUCCACUAGAAAUGUUACUGGUCACCAAAACUGACCGACCGCAGGCCUCCGCAAAAACUCUUCAAAACCAAAUUCAGAUGACGCAUGUUGAGAUUGCUGCGGGUAUCCCCAAACUUUCCUUGCAGACUGGUACUCUCAAGUCUUUGUUCCAUGACCAAGACACAAACAACCCUGCCAAUGCACACGAGAAGCUGGUUUGGGAGCUUGCCAGUAUUCUUUUCGACAACUCUGCCUCCGACGAAUCUCGUAAGGCCAGAUUUUCCAAGUUCUGGGCAGCUCUUGUCGAUUCCGCAUCAUCCAGAUCGGUUGCAUUGGCGAAAUCAAGCGAAGAAAAGGCUAUUGCAGCACUUUCUGGCCAUCGAAUCCAAGAUGCCUGCAAAUUUCUCUUGGAGGGUAGGAACUUCCGCCUCGCAACUCUGGUCUCCCUGAUUGGCAAUAAUGACCAGUCGAAGAAGGAUGUGCGGGAGCAGCUCAACGAGUGGCAAGAGGCCAACUUUCUAUCCGAGUUUGCCGACCCUAUUCGCGCAAUCUAUGAAUUGCUGAGCGGCAACUCUGGUGUGUGUGAAGGAAAGAAGGCUGUGCCCCUGGAGGACCGCAUUGAAUCGUUUAUCAUCUCCGAGCGUUUCGGUCUUGACUGGAAGCAGGCCUUUGGCCUCCGCCUUUGGUAUUCCAUUUCCCGCGACGAUGAUCUCUCCGCUGCGGUUGGCGUGUUUGAGGAGGAUGUGGCCCAGGACAGAGAGCAACGGCCGCAAACGUGGUAUUCCGAGCAGGGCAUUCCGGCGCUUUGGGAGGACCAAGACUCGGGCAUUCGUGAAGAUCUUCUAUGGGGCCUUCUCAAGCUUUACUCCAACGAGGAGGCCGAUUUGGAGGCAGUGUUGAGACCCGAGAACAGCCAGCUUUCGCCCUUGGAUGUUCGUUUGUGCUGGCAGCUUAGCCGCGCUCUGCAGUCUACCGGCAAGGUCUCAUACGGCCGCGACGCGAAUGAAAAGUCUGAUGCCCUGACUGUUGCCUUUGCAGACCAGCUCAUCAACGAGGGAAGCUGGCUUGAGGCCAUAUUUGUCCUGCUGCAUCUCAGCCAACCAGAGAUGAGAGCCAAGGCGGUGAAGGAGACUCUUUGCCGACACGCAGCGCUCCUCGGCCCGGAGACGGGCAACAACUUCACCACGCUCACACAGACUCUCCGCAUUCCUCCGUCCUGGAUUUGGGAGGCUCAGGCUCUCUACAUGAGAGCCGUCAAGAAGGACGCUGCGGCCGAGGUACAGUGUCUGUUGCGCGCAGGCUCUUUCUCAGAGGCGCACGAAGUGUUCGUGCAGAAGGUGGCCCCAUCUGCUGUUAUCAGCCGUGACUACGAUGAGUUGGCCAACAUUCUCUCCCGCUUCGAGGGUCACGACGACGCGAUACCUGGCUGGACUCUGGGUGGAGAGGUCUAUCAAGCCUUCUUGGAGCUGGUCAGCCACCGCAGACAGCGGCAACAAGUCUCUCCCCCCGCACCUGUGCUGGAGAAGUUGUUGGCAGGUCUGCCAGCUAUGCACGAGAGCACGGAGAGCAGUAACAUAACGAGUCUGGCGGCAAUUUCCGAGAUGGGGUCGAUGGUGGCGAAGGUGAUGGCGGAUAUAUCAAGGCAAGAACAGCACGUCUCGCAGGUUCUGGGUCUUCCCCUAACGGAGGACGCCCACCUCAAGCAUUCGCUCGAUCUCAGCCUCUCCUACUAUAAGGGCUUGAUGGCAGGGGCUAGGUAA